AUGACAUCAACGGAGGUUUAUGCUUCCACCGCCCAUGGUGCGUCCAUCGCUGCAAAAAUCCCUGCCAGUGCCUCUGCCCCGGUUACUACUCCCACCCCGGUAGCUGCCACUGGGCCCCCAGCCCCUAUGGGUAAGUUCAUCUCUAUCCAUACAAAUUCUAUGAAGAUGUCUGGUCCAAGCUACUAG